CCAAGGCUUUUUAGUUGCAGAGCUGAAGUACUGCGGUUUUCUUUCCUACCUAGUUGCUCACCACAAUGGAUUGAUUCAUGUCACGAUUAGAAGCGUGGAGAAGGAACACCGGCAGUGUUUGGGGCUCGGCCCUCCAAGCAUGGAGUCGAAAAGCUCUGCGCCCUAUGCCCUCCUAGAACUUUAGAACCUAGUACCCUUCUUAGCAGUGGCCUGUUUUAGGACCCUUCUCAGAUGCUUAGCAGUGACUUUUCACUGAUUUGACUUACCAACCGUGGCCUGUCAGUAAUGCCUGCUGUUUUACAGAGAAAGUCUCCAUAAAGGGACUGUCUGGCAGGGCAGAUAACGAAACCGCUUUAACAGUUAGUCAGCCCAUGCACUGUGUCGCACAGCGGGAUCGAAGGCCCUGUCGCAUUACAAGAUGGCUUGAAAAUGAAAAGUGUGGCGUUGACUAUUGUAUCUGAAAUCAACUGUUUUGCCAUGUCUACAGCAUUACAGUAGACGAUUCCACGAGACUCCAUAGUGAUGUCACAUGGUGCCACGUUUGCCAGGUCUAUUCAUCAGGUUAUGCAAUAUGGACGUGAUGGCCUGUGGACAGACAGUCCUUCAGUAGAAUAAAGAUGUGUGCUGAAAUACCGCCGCUGACGAGGCUCCUCCACCGUGGCCACACAGACAUGCACGCACACACACACACACACACACACACACACAGACAGACACAGACACACACACACAGUCCUGCCAGACUGCAGACUUUGUAGAUCUAUAGAGAUAGAGAGACUGACUGAGAAACUGACAGGACCACAGAUAGACAGGUAAACAGAAUGACAGACAGAACAACAGAAAGAGUGCCACAUUGAGCCAGACCUAUAGGCAGUCCUUUCACUCCAGGCUACCUUGACUUGUUUAUCACCAUCCACAUCUCCACACAAUGGUAGAGAACUGCAUUUUGAAUUCAGACAAAUUUACUCAUGUGAUAAAUACCUACUUUUCUGAUGAACCGGUUCUAUCUUGUUUUGGAUAGCGGUCCAUCUCUACACUGCAAUUGCUUCCCAUUAGCGCUGACAGUUAAUCGCUAUGGCCGUGUCCCAGUGGUGUAGAGGAGACAGCUGCAGCAACUCUUGAGGAAAGUGUACCCAGCGACGGUAGAACUGUUAGGAGAACUCUUCAACAUGAAUACAGAUAGCGGAGGACACACUCGCAAAAUCACCGCCUUGCUAGUCACCCGCUCCCACAUGAAGCGGGUCCAGAGUGUCCCGAAUCUGGCUACAGGGAGCGAGUCUCACUUGUCAGAUUCAGAUGCUUGGAGGUCACGCAGCACCGAUGGCCUAAGGAACGGCGACGACAUCACUUCCUCUUUGGCCGCCAAGGGCUUCCGCAGCGUCAGGCCCAACCUGCAAGACAAGAGAUCCCCCACACAGGCUGUCAAUCAGGUCCCCCUCCCGCCCCCUAGGAGAGAGAGCUACCCCUCCCCCGCCACUAGCGCUAUCCCCCCCUCCUACAGCUCCCUUCUAGCCAAGACCCUCGGACCCGGGAUGCUAGCCCUCUCCAACGAGAAGGCCGUCCUCAAAGAGUCUUACACAGUCAAGAGCACGUCUUCUUACUCCCACCACCAGAGCACAACCACCACUUCUGUACCCCAACACCAAUCUGAGCCAGAACCCAACCCCAUCCACAGUGUCACCAGCAAGGUCAAAGCCUCCACUGCUACUUCCUCCACCACCACCCAGCUUCAGGCUGCAGAGCGCAAGGUGUCCUCUCUCAGACUCACCCCCGUCACCAUCCCUGAUCCCCCCUCCCACCAGCCUGUCCCACAGCCUGAGGCCCUCACCACCUCCCCUCCUCCCUCUAACCUUCCCCCCCAUAGAGACUACUCCAUCGGCUCCCAAAGCCAUCACACAGCCUCUCUCUCCAUCCAGAUGGCCCCGCGGUGCCCCAAACCACCGGGCUCCAAGGCCCCCACCCUGGAGCCCAAGGCCCCAGCCCCAGCUUCUGACCCUGGGGAGGCCAGGAAGGUGAAAGGCCCCCCUCCAGUUCCACCUCGACCGGCCGAAGCGAAUGUGCUGGGCUCGCCUCCUCACCCCUGCUCCCCCGACCACAGCGCCCGGCGCUCCCCUUACAACCGCCACAGCGACGAUUCACUGGACUACCUGGCGGGCCUCAAAGCCCUGUUGCCCACUCCGUACGUCCCGUCCCCAUAUGCCACCUUGGAGCGCGGUGGGGGGGACCGACUGGACAAAAUUGGUGUAGUCGGCGGUGUUAGCAUUAGCAUGGUUAGUGCUGGUGGAGGUAUGGGGGGCAGGUCACCCUCGCUCUCCCCCGUGACAGUGUCAGCGCUCAGCCAGUAUUCGUCCUCCACGGCGGGCCUCCUGGAGGAGCUCCAGAUCUGCAGCCUGGACUCCCCCGGCGUGUCUCCCUCACCCUCGCCCACCCUCAGCCACAUGUCGUCCACCACGGGCCCCGACGAGGCGCCGCCGCUAACCUCUGCCGCUGCUGCCACUAACGGCCAAGCUAUUCAAGUGGCAAUGAAUGGAGGUGCGCCCCACCCCCAGAGACCGUCCUCACCCCCGGCCUACCCCCCUCUCCCUGCCUCGUUCAGCCCAGGAGGGGUUCACGUGCAGAGUCGGAACGCAGAAGGUUCAGAGUCGGUGAUGUCGGGCCACACCAGCAUGAGCAGCACGGUGCCCAUCGCCCGCUUUUCAGAGGAGGAGAAGAGGGUGUCGGUCAUCAAGGCGCCCCACUACGAGGGCAUCGGCCCCGUGGAUGACACGGGAAUCCCCAUCGCCAUUCGCACGACGGUGGAUAGGCCGAAGGACUGGUACAAGACCAUGUUCAAGCAGAUCCACAUGGUUCACAAAGCAGGUGGGGAGAAGUGCACUAGACUGGAGGCGACAGUACAGUGUGUCCAUUGCAAUGACGACUAUGUCGACGCGCGCAACGCCACAUACACUGUCAUCGGUGACAGCGACACACAUGGUCAGUCCUCCAACCCCACCAUGGCGUACCCUCCCCCCAGGACACAAACGUACCGGCCUCUGGCCAAGAGCCCGUCGGGCAGCGGAAGUCCCGGGACCUUUAGGGAGCUCUCCCCCGUGCCUCCGCCACCCCCGCCCAUGCCCUCCUUCCUCCAGCUGAGGUCCCGAGACAGCGACCGGGAGCGAGACUCGCCCGACACCAUGAAUCAGUGGGGCCCUCCGGAUAGGAAAGUGGACACUAGAAAGUACCGCGCUGAACCCCGGAGUAUCUUUGAGUACGAGCCUGGGAAAUCAUCUGCUCUGGAGCAGGAGAGGCCGACCUAUAAGCUAAACCCAGAUGACAUAGAUUUAGAGAACGAGCCUUGGUAUAAGUUCUUCUCCGAGCUGGAGUUCGGCCGUCCGCCUCCUAAAAAACGGCUGGAUUAUAAUCCAGACAUCUGCUCUGGCCGACUCACCGAGACGUCGCUGUACUUCACUCCCACUGCUGACCGGGUUCCAGAGAGGCCGGCGAGUGCUGCCAGUGACUACAGGAAGAGGAGGAAGUCGGAGCCUUCGGGUGACCAGGGCAAGAACCAGGUCUCCCCAAAACAACUGGACCCUUACAGAGGCAGCAGCACACUGAGGAAACCAGCCACACGCUCCUCCCCCUCCUCCCCCUCCAGAGCCAAAGAGCAGGAUGCCUCCAGGGGGUACAGCACAACCACCAGCGACGGAGGAGGGGGGCAGACCAGACGAGCCACCCCGGACAGAGAGGUCUCCCAUAAGCAGAUGACCCAACUCAUUCUCUUCUCUCUCCUCCAUCAGAAACAGCCUGCCAGAGCUAUAUAUGACUUUAAGGCACAGACUGCUAAAGAGCUGACGUUCAAGAAGGGCGACGCGGUCAACAUCAUCAGACAGAUCGACAGCAACUGGUACGAGGGGGAGCACCGCGGACGACUGGGCAUCUUCCCCAUCUCCUACAUAGAGAAGAUGCUGUUGCCAGAGAAACAGCAGCCGAUUAGGCCUCCUCCACCAGCACACGUCAAAAAGAUCGGGGAGGGGGUGGCCCGUUACAACUUCAACGCUGACACUAACGUGGAACUGUCGCUCCGCAAGGGUGAGCGGGUAGUCUUGCUGAGACAGGUGGACCAGAACUGGUACGAGGGGAAGAUCCCAGACACCAACAAGCAGGGCAUCUUCCCCGUGGCCUACAUAGACAUCGUCAAACGCUCGCCAUCCAAGAGCCCCGCCCCCUCCCACCACCCAGACCCACACGGAUACCCCAGCAACAGGACACCGGGCUCCACGCCCGCCAAGCCAUUCGACAGCUCUCCCACCCCCCCUUACCUCCAUCACCACCAUCCACCUCGCUCCACGCCCCCCUCCCCUCACACCCCUCCUCCUGUGAAGACCCGCCGUCUGCAGGCCGCCACCGGCGAGUGGCUCGCCCUCGGCCCCCGCUCCUCCGAUAGCCCCGUAUCACCCACGCCAUACCCCAUCCCCACGAGCCUCCUCCCUUUCCUGGAAGCUCAAGAACGGAGGGCCACCCCUCCCACACCGCCCAAACGAGGGCUCACCCCUCCGCCCCGAAACGCAUCCAGUCGUCUCGCUGCCUCCAUCCCGGCUGUCAAGCAGUGGCUGUUUGACUUAGACUCCCCCCCCUCAGUCCCUCCUUUCUCUCCACCCCCUCCUCCUGACUCCUCCUCUCCCUCUGCCUCCCCCGUGCUCGACUCCUUCCUGGGAUACCUCGAAGAGAGGGGCCUAAGAGACAGUGAACAGAACGAACGACUGUCCCUAGCAGGCAGAGGGGGAUUCUUCUGCGCUGAACCCGAGCCGGCGGACACUCCCGCAGGUUUGUUGCCAUGGUACAGGCCAAGUGCUCAGCCAGUAUCCCUAGAACUAGAAACAGAACCCCUGUCUCUUCAGCAGCAAGUGGAAGAUCCCUAUGAUCAGUUGCUGUCUAUGAUCCUGGAUCAGCCCAUGUGUGACAAAGACGGGAGGGAGGUUCUCAGGCCGGCCGUGGAACCCCCACACGUGGCACUGACCAACGAAUCACAGAGCAGGGUUAGCCUCGAGACGGAGUUUCAUAGGCCCGUGACUGCACAGCCCAUGUCCAUCACGCAGGACAGCCAAUCAAAAAGGGUGAAUAGGAGGACGGCGGGUUCUCAGAGGCCGAUGACAUUGUACAUUGAGGAAGAGGAGGAAGCUAUAGGAGGGGAAGAAGAGGAGGAGGAAGAAGAAAGGAACAUUGAUGUAGACUGUGGUACUAUAACUGUCCACAGAGAGGGACUGAAAACAGAGGCUGAUGCCCGCUGUCACAGCACUUUGUGUAACCCGGCACAGUUAGAGCCCAUCACCCUCCUCCCUCCCCCCGUCUCUCCUCCCUCCUCACCAUCCCCUGCUUUUUACUCUGCCUCACAACCAGCUGAAUCCCUGGCAAUCUCUUCUUCCUCUCCUACACUGUCCCGUCUUUCUCCCCCAAUCCCCCUCUCCUCCUCGCCACAGAUUGUGCCACCCUGCUCUCCUCCCCCCACUUCCCUCAUCUCUCCCGCUUACCUCUCCUCUCCUUCACCCUCCUCUCCACUUCUCACCACUCCGCCUCCCACCACCUCACCCCUCCCUACCUCCUGCCCAUCCUCUACUCCUCCUCCCCCCACCCCUCUCGCUUCCUCCCUUUUGGCCUCACAUCAACCCAUCCCACCCCUGGUCUCCCCUGCUCCCCCCCAUCCCUCUCCUCCGACCUCCCCCAUCCCUGAUGCACAACAGGCGCUCCCUUCCUCCUCUUCUCCUCCUCCUCUCUCUUCCUCUCCUUCUCCCUCCCCUCCACUCGUACCCUUUCCAGAGCCCAGGUCCCCUAAGAUCAAGAGGUUUGUGCAGGAUUCGCUCCAUGGUGGAGGAGACCUGUUCCAGGCCCUGUACAACUAUCUGCCCCGUAACGAGGACGAGCUGGAGCUGAAGGAGGGGGACAUCGUGGAUGUCAUGGAGAAGUGCGACGACGGCUGGUUUGUCGGGACUUCCCGACGGAGCAAGCAGUUUGGAACCUUUCCAGGAAACUAUGUCAAGAAACUGUAAUGAUGAAUCCGGUCCACCCCCGCACCCUCCUUACUUGGACCCUUCCAUCUCUAGCACAACCCAUAUUGGACACAGCCAACCCGGAGUAAAGUUGCCCCCAGACACUGAUUUGGGUCAGUUUUGCACUUUCCCCACCAAUGGUUAAUUAAGGUUAAGAUUGGGGGAGGUGGAGCUGACCCUAGGAUGACCCCACUACGUCAGGUCAUCCAAGAAGCCUUGCUCAAGCAUGUGUGACAAUGUCACAAAAAAAUAUUUUGUUUUAGCUCUAACUAGCCAACUCUAAAGGAGACUAUUCCACUAAUUAAACGAUUAUUUUCUAAAUGAUCGAGAAGCGGUAGAAGAAGAUCCAUACUUUUGAAUUCCUUUCACCUCAGAUACUGAAGGAAGGGUAGCCAAACAAGAUGGCCACCUUUAAAUGUUGACAUCUGCUUUUAUUUGAUUUAUUAGAUAUAUUUUAACCCAGUAAUGUAAUAACUUGCAUUGAUAAGUUGAUUGUGUAACAUUCAGAAAGGUCAAAUAUGGUAAAGAUAGAGUUAGAGAUGCCAAGUAAACUGCCACUCAGGAUUGCCUUGACGUCAUCAUGUCAGCCAUCUUGGUUUUGGACAUGUUUUUUCCCCCUUUUUCCUCAGUGUUAAAUCAAUAGAGAACCCCCCCCCCCCCCCCAAGUGUAUUAUCUGUAAUAGGGGGGCUGGUUGGUAUUUUCAGAGCAGUAUAGGACAUUGCAACACAUUUCAAUGUUUAAUCUUUUGGCAAAUGCUCUUAUCCACAGCAGCGUUCAAUGAGCAACAUGAAACAGCCACAGCGUUAUUAGUAAAAAAAUCUUCUUCAUAAAUGUUAUACACCAACACAGGAACACUCACCUAUUUCCCCUAGUGAAAAUGAUGACGCAUGAUACCCAAAAGUGUUGCUGGAUACCACGGGAUAGGGUAAGAUAUGUUUGGAGGCAAAUGCAUUGAUAUUGAAAGCGUAUAAAUACAUUUGCAGAACCUUCUAUUUGCACCGGAAGGCUCUGGAUAUCUGCCCUCUAUGGGCCUACAGUCAAUUCCAGUUUCUCAUUUUAUAGUGUUUGCAAACUCCUAUAUGGGCGAGUUAUUUCAAAUGUGGAAGUGGCAAUCGUCGAUAUUUUAUUUUUUAGCCCUUCUGUUUGAACAAUUACAGUACAUUUUGUACUUUAGAUGGGAAAUACUAUUUAUAGAUUUGGGAUUUUAUUGAUCGAUGGAUUUGGCGGUUUAUCCUUAUUCUCACUUGAAAUGUAUGAGUACACUACGGAUUUUACAAGUGAGAGCUAGAUUGGAUUGUCGAUAGGGCUUUAGGAGUUUGAUACCGUUGGAAAAACAUAUGCAAAAGCAACCCGUUUUACCACUUUUCUUGUAUGUGAAGGUAUUUAUAGUGGGAAAAGUAUUGAAUAUUGAUAGGACGUCAUCUAGAUGUCUCCGUCCAUAAAUAUAACUUUGGAUAGAGCAACAUAAGUUUCUCAGCUUACUUUGUGUACUUUCUUCUAGUUGCAGUGGCCUAAGGUAAAGUGUGCUUUUGGCUCAUUUCAACCACAGCAAAAUCCCCUUGCUAUGUUUAAGAUAACGAGACAAUAGCCUACAUUUGUUCCCAGUCAAGUCUGACAUGUACUUUUGUCAAUAUACAACAAACCUUCAGGUGUCAAUAACACAAGCCUCCUUUUUGAAAUGGUGUUAUUUUAUUCUAUGACGAGGUUUUCUUUAAGAUCGUUGUUGAAUACUGUAUUAGGAAUGACUUAGCUAAUGUUGUCGCCACAUUCAUUGCCUUUGUCCAAAUGGGAUGUUUUACUUCACUCUAAAUGAAUAUAAUCAGAUAAGCGGCGUAAUUUGAAUUAUACAGUUAUCUUCCUGGCGUUGUUUUUUUUCUCUAGAUCAUUCUGACGGCGACCUUUUUACUGUCCGGAAUGAAUGAAACGAUUAGUGUCAAUGCAAUAGCUUGUUACAAUGUAUUUGAAUAACAUUUGUUAGGCAUACUUUUUGUGUUCAAUGAAUGUGAUUUUAAGAAUUUAUUUUGCCUUUUUUUUCGUGUGUAAAUGAGUAUGUAUUCACAUAGGAAGGACACUGGGGUCAGAACAAUUGUUUAAGCACCUUAAUAUGUAAUUACUUUAUUUUUGGUUUCUGUCUUUGGUUGCUUUUGUUCUCGUUUAUUUUUCUCACCAUCCCCUUUUCAUUCACCCUUCCCUGGGUCGUGUUCAUUAGGGACCAAACAUAAGAAAGCUGACUCCCUGGACAUGUCAAAUAAGAAAUGCAAAUGAUCGUGUUCUGUUGCAAACGUUUCCCGUUGCUAUCCCUAAUGAACACUACCCUAGCAUGUGAGAGCACUGCGUGUCUGUUGGUGCUGUUUUUUUGUACGUCUUUUGUAUGGAGCUGUAAAUCGAUGACAUGAUCCACUGCUUUAUAAACUCUUAUUUUCUCACCCACCAUCCGUUUGGGUUGCCUUUUCUCUCACUUUUUCACACCACCUUUUCCUACAUCCACCUCAAUCGCCCCAAACAGCCAUACAGUAUGCAAAAAAAUAAUAUAUAUAUAUAUAUAUAUAUAUAUAUUUAUAGUGGGUUACACUACUUUAAGGUGCUUUUUAUGAAAGGUACCUUAGUGUAAAGUGGUACCUUGUAGUGUUAUAAGGGAUACCCGCUCUGGAGAGCAAAAUGGAGUAUAAAGGAAUGUACGUUACCCGUAAUUGAAUGAGGAUAGAAUGUAAUGUUUUAAAUAUUUCUAGUCUGCCUUUGCUACCACUUUCGGGGACUUUAAAGGUUUUUGACUGAAGACGUGGGCUUUUGGAGGAUCCCGGCUCACAUUGGAGUUGUAUAUAUUGAAUCAGAAAGGGGUGCUACAAGUGCAGAUUUUUAGGUUUGUCCGAAUGUGAACUCAAGUGGAUGCAUUGCAAUGACAUUCUUAUUACAAGUCUUUCUACCAGUCUUUCUGCUUUUAUUUGACGAUUUCUGGGUACUAUAUUCCUAAUAAAUUCUGCCUGAUAA